AUGCCUCAGAAGCUCAAGGCCCCAGAUUUCGUCAAGUAUGAUGGUAUAGGAGACCCUUGCGCGCACUUGCGCAUGUUCUGUAGGAAAAUGGCUCCCUACGAGGAUAAUCACCCUCUGCUUUGCCAAAUUUUCCCAUAUAGUCUGACCGGCCCCGCAGCCACAUGGUAUGUGACAUUGGAAAAAACUUUUAGCUGGAGGGAAAUGGCCAAUUCUUUCCUGGAAUACUACAGGUUCAACACCGAGAUAGCUCCCGACCAUAUAGUCCUUAUGAGAACAAAGAAGAAGAGUGGAGAGUCUUUCCGAGAAUAUGCCCAGAGGUGGCGUGAGCUAGCUGCACAAGUGCAACACCACAUGAUGGAAAAUGAGAUGAUUAAGUGGUUCAUUGACAACCUUAAGCCUCCUUACUAUGAGAAGAUGAUCAGCACCCAAGUCACUCAUUUCGCUAGCCUCAUCCCUAUUGGGGAGCGCAUUGACGAGGGUAUUAGAAGCAAGAAGAUCAUGAAUGGUAAGUCUUUGAGUUCCAUAGUUAAACAAUAA